AUGAUGAAAAUAAGGUUGAUAUGUUUUGGAUUAAUUUUAAAUUGUUUUAUUUAUCCUACUUAUGCACAACAUUUUUUAUGUAAUUCAAUUGAUGGAUAUAAUAUCAAAGAUUUAACAAAUGCUAUUCAAUGGCAAGUUACAACAGAGCAACAAUGUCUCACUAAUCUUGGUAAUGAGUGUAGUUUUUAUAUAAGUUUUUGUCAACGAGCACCUGCGUGCCUUAAUGAAUAUUCGGCAUGUCAAAAUGCAACAGGAACAACAAAUGUAACUAUUAUUGGUGGUUAUACUAGUACACUUUUUUAUCCAUAUGAAUCCGGAAAAACUGGUUUUUAUGCUAAAUUUCCUGCUGGUCCAAUGCAAAAUAUAUCAAAUACAACACGUUGUGAACCAUCAUUAAAAAUAAAAUUUAAUUGUAAUAAAAAUGUACAAUGGCUUGUUCCAAUGACUAAUACAACAGCAGCUGCACCACAACCAACUGAUAUUGAGAUUGAUGAAUGUUUGACCACUAUGACUUUUGAUUAUCCAGGAGCGUGUUUUAAAGGAAAUGAACCCAAAGGCGGAAUAAGUGGUGGAGGUGUUUUUCUCAUAAUCUUAUUUUCUGUUGCUUUAGUUUAUCUGAUUGUUGGUAUGAUCUAUAAUGGAUUGAUUCAAAAUCGAACAGGUCUUAAUUUACUUCCGAAUGCACAAUUUUGGAUUGGUUUACCAUUGUAUACUAUUGAAGGUUGUCGAACUUCAAUUAGUUUUUGUACUUGUUCAUCAACACCAAGUCAAGCAACAUAUCAAUCUGUUUAG